UGACCUGUGUAUCAGUGGAGAUUCUUCUUCUUCUUCUUCUCUGAACAAACUGUCCGACAUGUCCACCUAUCGCCAGUGCACCAUCAACCUCCACAACAAGACCACCAACUACAGGAUGCAAGACCCACUAGUCUACAUUGUCAGUGGAACCUCUUCCGAACCCCUCCCUCCGGCUCUGGACCCGUCUGAAUCUGGCAGUGCCCUUUUCAUCAAGACUGCCUACACAGCCUGUGGCUCAGUGGCCGUUUUCACCUACGACCUGGUGGAGAUUUCCAGUAUGCAGUUCCUGGGUUGCGUGGCAGUGAUGUUCUCCGUUCCAUACGACUUCCACUUCCACUCCAACUGGUACGGGGUAGGGAUGUUCAGCAAGGACAUCCCAUGUGAUGCUAAUCUGUUCAAUCUCAUGUAUGAGGGGGAGGAGACCACCUUCGUCCGGGGCAGAGCAAGUGGACCCAGUCUGGUCUACAGAGGAAAUGAUGUGACCAUCAGGGCCACCAUGUCUGACAGCUACCAGCCAGUCUUGAAGGUGGACGUCUGCGACAACUGAACCUGAUCCAGUUUAAUCCAGUUUGAUCCAGUUUAAUCAUAUAAGCAUCUGCAGCUUCUUCUCGGAGGACACGUUGUCUCUGAGGACAUGUUGUCUCUGAGGACACACAAUCCUUGUGGACAUGUUGUCUCUGAGGACAUGCCUUUAGGGACAUGUCACUAAGGACAUUUUGUCUUUAAGGACAAGUCUCUGAGGACACACUGUCUCUGAAGACAUGUCUUUGAGGACAUGUUGUCUUUAAGGACAUGUCUCUGAGGACACACUGUCUCUGAAGACAUGUCUCUGAGGACAUGCUGUCUCUGAGGACACACAGUCCUUGUGGACAUGUUGUCUCUGAGGACAUGUCUUUAGGGACAUGUUGUCACUAAGGACAUUUUGUCUUUAAGGACAUGUUGUCUCUGUGGACACACAGUCCUUGUGGACAUGUUGUCUCUGAGGACAUGUCUUUAGGGACAUGUUGUCACUAAGGACAUUUUGUCUUUAAGGACAAAUCUCUGAGGACACACUGUCUCUGAAGACAUGUCUUUGAGGACAUGUUGUCUUUAAGGACAUGUCUCUGAGGACACACUGUCUCUGAAGACAUGUCUCUGAGGACACACUGUCCCUGAGGACAUGUUGUCUCUGAGGACACGUUCUCUCUGAGGACAUGUCUUUAGGGACAUGUUGUCUCUGAGGACAUGUUGUCUCUGAGGACACACAGUCCUUGUGGACAUGUUGUCUCUGAGGACAUGUCUUUAGGGACAUGUUGUCACUAAGGACAUUUUGUCUUUAAGGACAAAUCUCUGAGGACACACUGUCUCUGAAGACAUGUCUUUGAGGACAUGUUGUCUUUAAGGACAUGUCUCUGAGGACACACUGUCUCUGAAGACAUGUCUCUGAGGACACACUGUCCCUGAGGACAUGUUGUCUCUGAGGACACAUUCUCUCUGAGGACAUGUCUUUAGGGACAUGUUGUCACUGAGGACAUGUUGUCUUUAAGGACACGUCUCUGAGGACAUGUUUUUAAAGACACAUUGUCUCAGAAGACAUGUUGUCUUUUAGUACAUGUCUCUGAGGACACACUGUCUCUGAAGACAUGUCUUUGAGGACAUGUUGUCUUUAAGGACAUGUCUCUGAGGACACACUGUCUCUGAAGACAUGUCUCUGAGGACAUGCUGUCUCUGAGGACACACAGUCCUUGUGGACAUGUUGUCUCUGAGGACAUGUCUUUAGGGACAUGUUGUCACUAAGGACAUUUUGUCUUUAAGGACAUGUCUCUGAGGACACAAUGUCUCUGAAGACAUGUCUCUGAGGACAUGUUGUCUCUGAGGACACACUGUCCCUGAGGACAUGUUGUCUCUGAGGACACGUUCUCUCUGAGGACAUGUCUUUAGGGACAUGUUGUCUCUGAGGACAUGUUGUCUCUGUGGACACACAGUCCUUGUGGACAUGUUGUCUCUGAGGACAUGUCUUUAGGGACAUGUUGUCACUAAGGACAUUUUGUCUUUAAGGACAAAUCUCUGAGGACACACUGUCUCUGAAGACAUGUCUUUGAGGACAUGUUGUCUUUAAGGACAUGUCUCUGAGGACACACUGUCUCUGAAGACAUGUCUCUGAGGACACACUGUCCCUGAGGACAUGUUGUCUCUGAGGACACAUUCUCUCUGAGGACAUGUCUUUAGGGACAUGUUGUCACUGAGGACAUGUUGUCUUUAAGGACACGUCUCUGAGGACAUGUUUUUAAAGACACAUUGUCUCUGAAGACAUGUUGUCUUUUAGGACAUGUCUCUGAGGACACACUGUCUCUGAAGACAUAUCUCUGAGGACAUGUUGUCUUUAAGGACAUGCCUCUGAGGACAUGUUGUCUCUUAGGACAUGUCCCUGAGGACACACUGUCUCUGAAGACAUAUCUCUGAGGACAUGUUGUCUUUAAGGACAUGUUGUCUUUAAGGACAUGUUAUCUCUGAGGACAUGUUGUCAUUAAGGACACAUCUCUGAGGACAUGUUGUCUUUAAGCACAAGUUGUUCCUGAGAACAUGCUGUCUGUAACAACACGUUGUCUCUGAGGACAAGCAAUCUCUGAAGACAUGUCUCUGGGGACAUGUUGUCUUUAAGGACAUGUCAUUAAGGACACGUUGUCUCUUACGACACAUUGUCUCUUAGGAUGCGUGCAAUGCUGACCUGCUGUAAACAUUUUCAUGUUCUGAGACAAUAAAGAAGCUCUGUCUGA